UGGAGUGGGUAUGUACAUAUACUUGUGGCCAAGUUUUCUGGCCUCUUAGCGCUGCGUCAGGAGGGACAAGGUUGGGAAAUAUCAGCUCGGCUCGAUUUCCUCCCUGUUGCUGCUGGACACCAACUUGAUUUUUGAAGUAGCCACCGCAGGUGAAGAGGAACUCUGCAAAAAGCCAGGGAGAGGCGUUUGGACAAGGGAUUACAGGCAAGUAAAGCAUUCAUCAAAGGAGUCUGGACUCUGCCCCUCUGGGGACUGCACAGAGGAUGACCUGCAGAAGAAGGCACUUGGAGGCUUGGUCCAGCCUUGGGUUAGGAAGACUCGGCCCCUCAGUUCUGCUCAGCCUGGGGUUCAUACUACCUGCUCUGGUGGCUUCUGUUCCUGGUAACUGUCGUCCCCCUCCAGAGCUUAGGACUGUUCAGCUCCUGGAGCAAUUCAGAAACAAGAAAACUUUCUCUUGGAAAGAAAGUGUGAGCUAUGAAUGUCGUCCAGGCUACAGUGUUAAUCAGCAUGAAAUCCGCCAUGCGAAUUGCCGAUCUACUGGAACCUGGUCAUUGGUCGAGGAAUAUUGUACCCAAAUGUCAUGUCCGGAUCCAGGAGAGUUCGCCAAUGGCAGAUUUUUUCAAACAGAUGGAAACCUGUUUGGAUCGGAAAUGAGUUUUGUUUGUGAUGAAGGUUUUCAAUUAAUAGGUUCAUCGACCAGUCAGUGCAAGGUUGUGCCUUUGCAGAAGACUGUUCACUGGAGUCCUGAACAACCACAAUGCGUGGUCUCUUGUGCAAAGCCAGUUGUGUCAAAUGGAAGUCCAACAACGAUAAGCAGUCAUUACACCCCUCGGGACACUGUCACCAUCCAGUGCAAUCCUGGAUUCCAUCUGACCGGACCUCAGACUGUCACUUGCUCAGAGAGAGGCUCUUGGGAGCCCGAGUUACCCACCUGCAAGAAAGAGUUUUUGAGCUGCCAAAGUCUACAGCUCGGUGGCGAUAUUUUGAAAUGUGAUCCCGACAGGCAACGCGUGAAAACAGCUCUGGAAGUGUAUAAGAUGUCACUGGAGAUUGAGAAACUGGAAUUGGAGUUGGAAAGUAUGAAGAAAAAUCAUGUCAAAGGACAUGUAAGCGCUGAGAUUCCUGAUCCUGAGAGGGACAGACCAAUAAAACAGUAAUAUCCUCUCUUUCCCGCCAGAGGGCACUGUCUAACAGAGGGCUGGAGAUGGAUUUUCAUGAUCUUUUUUAACCAAGGCCUCCACAGACAAAGCAAAGAUUCGAGGCAAUUACUCACAUCAUUUGGGAGAUUCCCUGGAUCAGAAAUACAUUCCGGUUUCCCCGGGCGUAGUCUUACUUAUUGCAGGGGGUACAGCCUCAAAGGCCGAGAAGGAGUAGCUAUUUCUCACUAUGUAAUUUUUUUUUAAGGUAUUUGUUAAGAGCUUACUAUGCGCCAGGCACCGUACCAAGUGCUGGGGUCAAGCCAA